AUGACGAUCCCUGCUGUCGGUAUCGAUUUGGGAACCACCUACUCUUGUGUCGGUGUGUUCAGAGAUGACCGUAUCGAAAUCAUUGCUAAUGACCAGGGAAACCGAACAACUCCUUCAUUCGUUGCUUUCACAGAUACCGAGCGUCUGAUUGGUGAUUCUGCUAAGAACCAGGUCGCCAUGAACCCUCACAACACUGUCUUCGAUGCCAAGCGUCUCAUCGGUCGUAAAUUCGCCGAUGCUGAGGUUCAGGCUGACAUGAAGCACUUUCCCUUCAAGAUUAUCGACAAGGGUGGAAAGCCUUACGUUCAGGUCGAGUUCAAGGGUGAGACUAAGGUUUUCUCGCCCGAGGAGAUCUCAUCUAUGGUUCUUACCAAGAUGAGGGAAACUGCCGAGUCAUACCUUGGUGGUACCGUCAACAACGCUGUCAUCACUGUCCCAGCCUACUUCAACGACUCUCAGCGUCAGGCUACCAAAGACUCCGGUUUGAUUGCUGGUUUGAACGUUCUCCGUAUCAUCAACGAGCCCACCGCUGCUGCCAUUGCCUACGGUCUUGACAAGAAGGCUGUCGGGGAGCGCAACGUCCUUAUCUUCGAUUUGGGUGGUGGAACUUUCGAUGUCUCUCUUUUGACCAUUGAGGAGGGUAUCUUUGAAGUUAAGGCCACUGCUGGUGACACUCACUUGGGUGGUGAGGACUUUGACAACCGUCUCGUCAACCACUUCGUUCAGGAGUUCAAGAGAAAGCACAAGAAGGACCUGACCUCCAACGCUCGUGCCCUUCGUCGUCUCCGCACCGCUUGCGAGCGUGCUAAGCGCACCCUUUCCUCAUCCGCUCAGACCUCCAUUGAGAUUGACUCUUUGUACGAGGGUAUCGACUUCUACACCUCAAUCACUCGUGCCCGUUUCGAGGAGCUUUGCCAGGACCUCUUCCGCUCUACCAUGGAGCCUGUCGAGCGUGUCCUCCGUGAUGCCAAGAUCGACAAGUCUUCCGUCCACGAGAUCGUUUUGGUCGGUGGUUCUACCCGUAUCCCUAAGGUCCAGAAGUUGGUGUCCGACUUCUUCAACGGAAAGGAGCCCAACAAGUCCAUCAACCCUGACGAGGCUGUUGCCUACGGUGCCGCCGUCCAGGCCGCCAUUCUUUCUGGAGACACUUCAUCCAAGACUCAGGAAAUUCUGCUUCUCGAUGUUGCACCUCUUUCCCUCGGUAUUGAGACCGCUGGUGGUGUCAUGACUCCUCUCAUCAAGAGGAACACUACUGUGCCGACCAAGAAGUCCGAGGUUUUCUCCACUUUCUCAGACAACCAGCCUGGUGUGUUGAUCCAGGUAUUCGAGGGUGAGCGUGCUCGCACCAAGGACAACAACCUUCUCGGAAAGUUCGAGCUUACUGGUAUCCCUCCUGCUCCUCGUGGUGUCCCUCAGAUCGAGGUCACCUUCGACAUCGAUGCCAAUGGUAUCCUCAACGUCUCUGCCGUUGAGAAGGGUACCGGUAAGACCAACCGCAUCACCAUCACCAACGACAAGGGCCGUCUCUCUAAGGAGGAAAUCGAGCGCAUGUUGGCUGAGGCCGAGAAGUACAAGGAGGAAGAUGAGGCGGAGGCUGCCCGUAUCUCUGCCAAGAACUCUCUCGAAUCCUACGCCUACUCUCUUCGCAACACCUUGAGCGACGAGAAGGUCGGCGAGAAGCUCGAUGCCGGUGACAAGGAGAAGUUGAAGAAGGCCAUUGACGAGACCGUUGAAUGGUUGGAUAACAACAACACUGCCACUAAGGACGAGUUCGAGUCACAGCAGAAGGAGUUGGAGGGAGUUGCCAGCCCCAUUAUGAUGAAGUUCUACCAGAGCCAGGGUGGUGCUCCCGGCGCCGGUAUGCCAGGCGGUGGCUUCCCUGGUGCCGGUGGUGCUCCCCCAGCUGGUGGCGAUGACGGCCCCCAGGUUGAGGAGGUCGACUAA